CUGUUCUUAAGUUUAAAAGAACUUUCUUUAUUACAAUGCAGUUGCUCUUCAUGAAACCUCCUUCUCGAUCAUUGUCUUCUUUCCUUUCAACCCUAUCUUUCCUCGUCUAUGUUUUCCUUAUUUUCUGCACUAGUACUGAAGCCGUAAUAAAGCUACCUGAAAAUGUAACAGUUCCGGCGGUCAUCGUGUUCGGAGAUUCAAUCGUUGAUCAGGGCAACAACAACAAUCUCGCUACGUUAAUUAAGUCUGACUUUCCCCCAUAUGGGAAGGAUUUCAUGGGUGGAAGACCAACUGGGAGGUUUAGCAAUGCAAAGACACCAGCCGACUUAAUCGCUGAAGAACUUGGAAUUAAGAACAUUUUGCCGGCUUAUCUCGACCCGAAUCUGAAAGCUGAAGAUCUUCCCACAGGCGUAAGCUUUGCUUCAGGAGGCACAGGAUUUGAUCCUCAGACAUCCCAAUUAGUUUCAGUUAUAUCGUUGCCGGAUCAACUGGAAUCAUUCAAAGAGUACAUCGGAAAACUCAAAGGUAUUGUUGGAGAAGCAAAAACGAACGACAUAUUAAAGAACAGCAUAUAUUUAGUGGUAGCAGGUAGCGAUGAUCUUGCCAAUACCUAUUUUACUAUUGGCCUCACACGAUUGCAAUACACCGUUCCUUCUUAUGCUGAUCUUCUGGUGGCCUCUGCUUCCAAUUUCGUUCAGGAAUUAUACAACCUGGGGGCACGAAGAAUGGCAGUUUUUGGUAUACCCCCAAUAGGAUGUUUGCCAUCACAGAGAAGUCUAGCAGGGGGACCCCUUAGAGUGUGUGCAGAGAAUUACAACCAAGCAGCUCAGCUGGUCAACACCAAGCUAUCAUCGGAGCUUCAUUCUCUUAACAGCAGCCUUCCCCAAUCAAGGGUGGUCUACAUUGAUAUCUACAACCCUUUGCUUGAUAUCAUCCAAAACCCUCAAAAAUAUGGUUUUGAUGUGGUGAACAAAGGGUGCUGUGGUACUGGAACUGUGGAGGUGGUCAUCUUAUGCAACCGAUAUAGCAAGACUUGUCCGGAUGACUCUAAAUAUUUAUUCUGGGACAGUUACCAUCCUACACAGAAAGGAUACACGGUUCUUGUUGAUCAAGUCCUACAAAAAUAUAUCAACAAUUUCUUUUGAUUCCGUUCACCUUAUUACAAUUCUCUCUCUCUCUCUCUCUCUCUCUCUCU